AUGGAGAUCACGCCCGACUACGGCGCGGAGGAGGCGAAGAGCGCGAAGCCGGUGCGAUUGGGGUGGGCGGACGCGUCGCGUUUGACGAGGAAGUUGGCGGUGCACACAGGGAAGGCGGCGUGGACGUUCGGGACGUCGUUCUUAGUGCUCAUCGUGCCACUCAUCGUGCAGUUGCACAGGGAAGAACAGCUGAUCGAGUUGGAAAAGGAGCAGCUCGGGGUGCUCAAUCAACCCACGGGGCUUCAGGCGGAGUAG